AUGUCAAGUAGCCCAGCUGGUGGUGACAGUCAUUUACCUGAAUCAAGUUCACAUACGAGUCCAGUUUAUGCGCCACCAUUAAUCCAGCAUCAACCAUUUCAACCACAAUUUCAACCACCAAACGAUAUGAGUUCCGUACAACAACGACAGCUACAAUAUCAACCACAAUUUUAUCCUCAACACGUACAAGGACCGCAGCCGCCGCAACAUAUGCAAUGGUAUCAAACACAAGUGCCACAACGAUAUACCCCUGUGCCUCAGUAUCCCCAAUCUCCUCCAUUUCCUCAUGAACAGUUGACAUUACAUCACUCGCAAUCGCAAUUUCAGCGACCUGUUGCAACUUCAGAACAGCAACAACAACUACAGCAACACCAACAGUAUGAGCAGUACGGGACUUUGAGUGCCCCUUCAAACGUAUCAUCAUCAGUAAAUACAAAUGUCGAUUCAAUAAGUUUGCACGCGGAAAACACACUCCACACACUGAAUUCUAGUGACACGCUAAAUCAAUUGGAGAGCACUAGCGCUAGCUCCUUGCAUACCCGGGGCCAGUCUCUGGCAUUGGAAAACAAUCAAGACGUGUCGUCAACUUCCAUUUCGGCAUCUGCUACUCAUCUUUACAGUGCACAAACGCACAAUUACAUUACCACAACGGGUCGCAGUUCAAUUUCCUCAGUUUCCAAUCCAAGCAUGUCUUCCAUCACUGGUUUGCAGCGACCGCCUCAACCAAAGCCAGAAACUAUUUAUCUUCAAUCACAACCAUACAGCAAAGAGGGGUCUCAGAUACUGCAGGACCCUUCUUAUUCGAUGCAAACUUCUGACCAAUUCCACCAACCACAUCUGCAGCUGAUGCCGCAACUAACGUCGCAUCCCCAACAAUUCCAAGGCCAACAACAACAACAGCAGCAGCAACAACAACAACAACAACACCACCACCACCACCAGCAGCAUCAACAUCAACAUCACCAGAAGCAAGAGCACCAGCAGCAACAAUUAUACAAUCGCCCCCCAUUACCAUUUGCACCCACACCAUUAACAGCCAUUCCAUCUCAGCACGCAAUAGAUGUUGCCGAGUACCCCGACAUGACAACAUACGUCAACUCAAACAUCAAUUCAGCACACAUCCCACUAGUUGAAGCCAAAUUUGUUGACCAUCGAGUAUGUGAAAUCUGCGGCAAGAGAAUCACACGCGACAUGUCACGGCACAUGCGUACACAUCAGUUAGAGUCACGAUUCACUUGUGAAUUUCCCAAGCUGCAAUGUCGUCAUAAACUGGGCAAGUUCAAUCGCCCUUAUGAUUACAAAAAGCAUUUGCUCAAUCGUCAUUUCAAUUUUGAUUAUCCAGAAGUGAAGAAGAUGCAUAACUUGAGUGAUAAAUUGUCGCACUGGGGUACGUGUCCUUGUGGGUUAAGGUUUACUGGAGAGACGUGGUUGGAGGAGCAUAUUCUUACGACAGAGACGUCCAAGAGAUGUUUAAUGUUGGAAACUAGGUGA